UCUGUUAGCAUGAUAGAUAACUAAAUGAUUGUAUAUAUUAAUGUAAUUAUAAAGUGAUAUAAAUUAGCAUGAUCAUAUACAUUUGUUGUAGAAUCAUAUGAAUAAAUAUUGUGAUAGAAUAGCUGAUUUGGAGGGAUAGCAAGGCAGAUUUAGAGGGAUUCAAUGGCAGAUUUGUAUAGAUAGAAUAGUUGAUCUUUAGGGAUAGGAAUGGCGGAUCUUUAGGGAUGUGUAAUCUUUAUUUUCUCUAUAUAAUGGAAAGACUCUCUCACUUUGAGAGGAUUCAGCUGAAAAUUGACAACAUCGUUGCAGGAAAUUGAAAUUGGAGAUGCCAGUUAGCGGAUGUUGUAACAUGUUUCUGGAGAAUUUGCAACUGCAUGAAUGUGAUUCUAUAGAUGAUAUAUCACCUGAGCUGGUCCCAAGAGCACGUUCUUUGAGGGUAGAGCAAUACUGCAACCCAAGGCUUUUGAUUCCUCCUGGGACGGAAGAACUUUGUAUUUCUUUAUGUGAAAAUCUUGAAAUACUUAUAGUGGCAUGUGGGACUCAGAUGACAUCAUUGGAUAUUUACAACUGCAAGAAGCUGAAGUCGCUGCCUGAGCAUAUGCAGGAACUCCUUCCAUUUCUUAAGGAACUGACGCUGGAUAAAUGUCCAGAAAUAGUGUCCUUUCCAGAAGGAGGAUUGCCCUUCAAUUUACAAGUCCUUUGGAUCAAUAAUUGCAAGAAACUGGUGAAUCGACGCAAUGAGUGGCGUUUACAGAGACUCCCCUCUCUCAGACGGUUAGGGAUCAGCCAUGAUGGCAGUGACGAAGAGGUUCUUACAGGGGAAAACUUUGAGUUGCCUUGUUCUAUUCGAUGUCUUUACAUAUCCAAUCUGAAAACAUUAAGCAGCCAACUUCUCAAAAGUCUCACCUCUCUUGAAUCUCUAUGUGUUAAUAAUUUACCUCAAAUGCAGUCACUGCUGGAAGAAGGGCUUCCCUUGUCUCUUUCUGAGCUUGAAUUAUAUUUCCAUCAUGAUCUCCAUUCGCUACCGACCGAAGGUCUUCGGCGCCUCAAGUGGCUUCAAAGUUUAGCAAUUUUUCGCUGUCCUAAUCUCCAAUCUCUUGCCAGAUUGGGGAUGCCCUCCUCACUCUCUGAGCUGGUCAUUAUUGAUUGCCCUAGCCUCCGAUCUCUUCCAGUAAAUGGGAUGCCCUCUUCCAUCUCUACACUAACUAUUUACAAAUUCCCAUUGCUCAAACCUCUCCUAGAAUUUGACAAGGGAGAAUACUGGCAAAAAAUUGCUCAUAUUUCCACCAUAAAUAUUGAUGGAGAAUUCCAGUAAUGGUACUCUAGAUAAAUAUAUCAAUGACUAGAAAAUGAGUUCUCGAGAGUUUCCAAUGGAUCGGAUGGCAUCAUAUCCCAGUGAUUGAAAACACAUUGUGGGAAGGCUUUCCCUGAAGUAGCAGCUGUCAAACUAUACAAGAAACCGAAUGACUCGAUAAAAGGAAGGUAUGCCUUGAUGUCCUAAAUAGGGGUUCCAAGCCUCUACAACUCCUCAAACAUGUGUCCAUGUUUCUCGUUCAGAACACUGUAGAUGCCACCAAGUAAUUCUCGAAGAGGUGAACAGGCUCUAACAAAUGAGGCUUGGCAGUGAGUUGAGAAGCAUAAAUAGCCUACUGGAAACCAGCAACGACAGAAUCCUUAAUUUCAUUCAGUGUGUAGCGUCUAUUGCACUGUGAUGCCGAGGAAUCAUCUUCAGAUCAGGAUGAUUUUGAUGUUCGAUGCAAAAAAGAAGGUGAAAGAAUAUUUCUAUUCGGGUGGGAACACUAUAAAUGAAGUCUGGUAUAGGUUUUCUUCCAACAUAUGAGAGGGGUAUUGCUUAAAAAUGCUAUUUCCUUUUUUCGACAUUUCAACAAAGUACAAGGUUCGAUUGAUCAGUUUCUCUGCUCCAUUUUGAGAUGAUUUGGCAAGAUAUGAUGUCAUUUCCUCAUCGAGAUUCUUUCAGUAAUAGCUGAAGUUUGCCACCAGAACCAGUGGUAGAGUUCCUUCCAUCUCUCGAAAGAAUGCUGCACUUCAAAAUUGUGUAAACAUGUCAACCGCGAGAUUUCCUUCCAGCUGUAUGUUUAAAAUGUGCUCCUCUGGCUCAAAGGAAAACUGCUUAAAACGUUUGGCUUGAAAUGCUGAACCUGCAUUUAGACCAGCAGUGUUACAAGGUCAAGUUGGUAUGUCCAGAUGGUAUCGACCACGAGUUUGGUAAUACUCCCAUCCUCUAUAUUGCUCUGUUGUGCGCGAGUUUGAAGCACCAGAUGGAAGUUUAUUUUGUAUACAUAUAUAAAAAGUGAUAUUAUUUCAAGUUAUGCCUGUGAUCUUAGAUAAGGUGAAGCAGCAAAUAUUGCUAUAUAUGUUGUCCUUAAAAAUUAGUUUAGUGUAAUUACGAAAGACAAAGUUGGACCUCUUUAUAAUGAUGGGCAUUUUUUGGCUGCUAUAAUGAAAUGAUUGUUA